CGGCUCGGCCAUUGUUUUCGCUUCUGCUGGCCACUGCAGUGUCUGGCGCUCGGGGGUCGCCCCCGCGGUGCCCCGGUGAGCGGGCCUGGGACGGGGAGGGAAGUGUUACCAGAGCCAGGGCCGCUGAGCUGGGGCUGCUCGGCCGGAACUGCGGCCGCCCACUUCCCAGGUUGGCGACGACGGCCCGACCCUCUUCUCCCCCGUGGUCGGCAGCGCGUUCCCGAUGACGCUCAGAAGGCGCCAGAUGUACAGCAGCCUUUUUGUCCCAGUGCCCCGACCAGCUGUGCCGGGCACAGAGCCCGGCACCUGCGGGCACAGCGAUGAACAGGAAAGACGUGGCCAGGUGACAUGCCCAUCACCCUAUAUCCUCAAAUCUGACAAUAGCUUCUGAGACCUGAAUUACAGACCAUCAUUUUAAUUGGACAUAAACUGCAACUGCAACAAACUUCUCUUUGGUGUCACAAUGGCUACCCAAGGCAGGGGAACUUCAGGCCUCUUCCCCAGGGGUGCUGUUCUCCAGAGACAGGAGGGCUGCCUGACCAUGAAACAGGAGCCAGGGAGCCAGACCUGGGGGCACGGCUGCAGUCUCCAAAAGAAUCACCUUCCCGUCUGUGAAAUUUUCCGGCUCCACUUUAGGCAGUUAUGUUAUCACGAGAUGUCUGGGCCACAGGAGGCACUGAGCCGGCUCCGGGAGCUAUGCCGCUGGUGGUUGAUGCCAGAGGUGCACACCAAGGAGCAGAUCUUGGAGCUGCUGGUGCUGGAGCAAUUCCUGAGCAUCCUGCCUGGUGAACUCCGGACCUGGGUGCAGAUGCAUCACCCUGAGAGUGGUGAGGAGGCUGUGGCUGUGGUGGAGGACUUCCAGAGACACGUCAGUGGACCAGGAGAGGUUUCAGCUCCAGGGCAGGAACAGGAGAUGCAUUCUGAAGAGAAGACAGCCUUGGGUGCAACACAGGAAUCUCCUACCUCACCCCACAGCGAAGGUUCAGCCCCUGGAACCCACCUGGAGCCUCCUCGUGAUCCUGGGGCACACCACCACCUCUCCAGUGGGCACUCUGCUCAGGGUGCUUCCCUGGUGCCCACCUUUACCCAGGUGGGGAACUUAGGAGACCAAGCAGCGGCAACUGUGCUUCGGAUGGUCAGGCCUCAGGAGGCUGCAGAGUUGGAGUUCCUGUCUGUGAACUGUACUCAGAAGUGUAAAGGUGCAGCACUCAGCCAGAGAACCCUGUACCAGAACAUCAUGCUGGAAAACUGCCACAGCUUGGGCCCACUGGCAAAUGAGAACAGGAUGGUGCAUUCACAGUUGCCUCCAAAGCAGGACAUUUCUGAAGAGUCAAAAUCAGCUGACAGGACCUUAGGGGUGUUCUAUGGAGUGAUUCCUACAGGACAAGAAGCUGGGACUGCCAAUAAAGAGGCUUUAGAGAAUCUAGAAGUUCAACCCUCAGAUGAAGAAGGAACCAGACUGGAAAGUGAUUUCUUAAAGAUAACACAGGAGGAUAAAAAGAAAUCCACAGAGGAUCAAUAUGAUGAGUAUAAGGAACUUGGGGGACAUCCAGAUCUGUCCUCUAGUCUCUCAGAAUAUCAGGGAGUUCUGAAGGGACAGAAAUUGUAUCGAUGUGAUGAAUGUGGUAAAGCUUUUAAUCGGAGUUCACACCUCAUGGGGCAUCAGAGAAUCCACACUGGAGAGAAACCGUAUGAGUGUUCUGAGUGUGGCAAGACCUUCAGGCAGACCUCUCAGCUCAUUGUCCACCUCAGAAUCCAUACAGGGGAAAAACCUUAUGAAUGCAGUGAUUGUGGAAAGACCUAUCGCCACAGCUCCCAUCUCAUUCAACACCAGAGACUCCAUUAUGGGGAGAAACCAUAUAAAUGUAAUGAAUGUGCAAAAGCUUUCACUCAGAGUUCCCAACUCAUUGACCACCAGAGAACUCAUAGUGGGGAGAAGCCAUAUGAAUGCAACGAGUGUGGGGAGACCUUCAUUCGGAAUAAAAGCCUUAUCCGCCAUCAGGUACUUCACACUGGUAAGAAACCUUACAAGUGUGAUGAAUGUGGGAAAGCUUUCUGUUCUAACAGAAAUCUUAUUGACCAUCAGAGAAUCCACACUGGGGAGAAGCCUUAUGAGUGUAGUGAAUGUGGCAAGGCCUUCAGUCGGAGUAAAUGUCUUAUUCGACAUCAGAGCCUCCACACUGGGGAAAAACCAUACAAAUGCAGUGAGUGUGGGAAAGCCUUCAAUCAGAACUCUCAACUUGUUGACCAUGAGCGAAUUCAUACUGGAGAAAAACCUUUUGAAUGUAAUGAGUGUGGUAAAGCAUUCAGUCUGAGUAAAUGUCUCAUUCGACAUCAGCGACUUCACACUGGUGAAAAGCCAUAUAAAUGCAAAGAGUGUGGAAAAUCCUUUAAUCAAAAUUCACACCUUAUUAUUCAUCAGAGAAUACACACUGGUGAAAAACCUUAUGAAUGUAAUGAAUGUGGAAAGGUCUUCAGUUAUAGCUCCAGUCUUAUGGUACAUCAGAGAACCCAUACUGGGGAAAAACCCUAUAAAUGCAAAGAUUGUGAGAAAGCUUUUAGUGACAGUUCACAGCUCAUUGUACACCAGAGAGUUCAUACUGGAGAGAAACCCUAUGAAUGUAUUGAGUGUGGGAAAGCCUUCAGUCAGCGUUCUACUUUCAAUCACCACCAGCGAACUCAUACUGGAGAGAAACAGUAUGUAUGUACUGAGUGUGGGAAAGCCUUUAGUCAGAGUGCAAACCUCACAGUACAUGAACGAAUCCACACAGGAGAGAAACCCUAUAAGUGUAAGGAGUGUGGAAAAGCCUUCAGUCAUAGCUCCAACCUGGUUGUUCAUCGGAGAAUCCACACAGGAUUGAAGCCUUACACAUGCAGUGAAUGUGGGAAAUCUUUCAGUGGUAAGUCCCACCUUAUUCGGCACCAGGGAAUCCACAGUGGGGAGAAAACCUAUGAAUGUAAGGAGUGUGGGAAAGCCUUUAGUCGGAGUUCUGGCCUGAUUUCACAUCACAGAGUUCACACUGGUGAGAAGCCCUACACGUGUAUUGAAUGUGGGAAAGCCUUUAGCCGUAGUUCAAACCUUACUCAACAUCAGAGAAUGCACAAAGGAAAAAAAGUUUACAAGUGUAAGGAGUGUGGGAAAACAUGUGUUUCUAAUACAAAGAUUAUGGAUCAUCAGAGAAUUCACACUGGGGAGAAACCUUAUGAAUGUGAUGAAUGUGGGAAAGCUUUCAUCUUAAAGAAGACCCUUAACGAACACCAACGACUUCAUCGUAGAGAGAAACCUUACAAAUGUAAUGAGUGUGGGAAAGCUUUUACUUCUAAUCGAAAUCUUAUUGAUCAUCAGAGAGUUCACACUGGAGAGAAACCCUAUAAAUGUAAUGAAUGUGGAAAAACCUUCAGGCAGACUUCUCAAGUGAUUCUACAUUUGAGAACCCACACGAAGGAGAAACCCUAUAAGUGCAGUGAGUGUGGGAAGGCCUAUCGUUACAGCUCACAGCUUAUUCAACAUCAGAGAAAGCAUAAUGAGGAGAAAGAAAUGUCAUAAAUAACAUUGUUACAAAGUGGAGCGGGUUGCUGCUUUUAGGAAAGGCAGUUUUUCAGUAUCAUCAACCUUAAUUCUUUAAGUAUCCACACAGGGAAAGUAAUCAGAAGUAGACAAAGAUUAACAGAAGCGGGUAUUCAUGCCAGCAUCAUGUAUAACUGGAGGAAGAAAACUAGAGUUUUGACAGAUUUGGGUUUAAGUGAAUGAUGGUCUAUCCAUAUGAUGGCUUUGCAUCCAUUGUAAACAUUUAAAAAAAAUAUUUAGUGCCAUGGAAGAAAUGAUUUGAAUAAAAUGGAAGAUAAAUGAAAGAGAAAAACAAUGAAAUAUCCAAAUUAAAAAAAAAUAUUUAUGCAAAGGAAAAAAUGGAAAUGAAAUAAUACCAAACCAAAAUAUUAACAGUGAUUAUCUCUGGGUAAUAGGAUUAUAGGUAAUUUCUAUUUUCUUCUUUAUACUUUUCUAUGCUUUUUAGAUUUUCUACAGUGAGAAUGUACCACUUUUAUAGUCAGGAAAAAAGUAUUUUUUAAAUGCAGUGAGCACAUAUUCAUUUUCAUUCAACAGUGUUAUGAAAGUUACAGACUCUAAAGUCCUAGGAUUGCACCCUAUUACUGACCUUAGUUCUGAUACUAAUACUGAUCUGAGUUCAAAUUCUGGCUUAAACCACUUAAUAGCCAGUCACCUAACCCUCAGCAGGGGAACCCUCAGCAGGUCACUUCCUUUUAGAGCCGUUUCCUGCGUAUUACAUCAUAAAUACCAGUUGUUGACUUUGCAGUUUUAAGAUAAACUGACUUUAUAGUCAUCAACAAAAUAUCUAAUCCACGUUCUUAAUCACUUUUAGGUUAAAAGAAAACAGUAAAAAUUUACUAUAUUCUCUCCCACUGCUGUAGAAGGAUCCAGAGAGAAUAAAGAACCACCUAGGCUCCAUCUUUUCAGUAUAUGUCUGCAGAACCAGAAAAAAAUACCCCCGUAUGAAAUUGGAACAGUUGCAGUUUCAUAACCUUUAAAGAGAGUCAGCAUAAUCUAAAACAAGGGGAAGACUACCAUCACAUGUUUUAUAGACUUUAGUAGCUAAAAUUGCAGACUUUUGGGUCAGAUAUAUAUAUAUAUGUUCUGAUUCCAGAUCUGCUAUGCACUAGCUUGCCAGUUUUGGACAAGUCUCUUAACUGCCCUGAGCUGUAAGUUUAUCUGUAAAAUGGGAGUAACUACCUACCUCACUGGAUUGUUGUGAGGAUUAAAUGAGAUAAUGCCUAUAAUUGUGUGACCAGCCUUUAUGUCCAGCUCUCUGAGAAGGCCUUAAUCUGUUUUCAAUAAGUAUUUUAAACUUUUAAGGCAGCUCAGAAUCUGGGAACCCUUAGAACUGCCCCAUUCUUAACUCAGUCAUUCCUCCUCCUUUGUAUACAAUGAAUGCAUAAGCCUGACACCAUUUGUCUUCUGCAUGUGUAGUGAUACAUCGUUUUAGAAACUACUGAGGAUUUGAUAUCCCAUUUGUACAAUAAAAUGGAGUCUCAAGUGAGGUUAGGUGACUGGCUAAUAAGUGGUUUAAGCUAGAAUUUGAACUCAGAUCAGAUUUUCAAGUCCAUGCUUUCUGUGUUUUACCAAAGUGCCUCUGCCCAUCAUGAUGGUUCUGUGAGUGAGAGACCAAGAAGUUGGGAUUCUCCUGAGUAACCACUUCUGUGAAAGGUGGUUGAUGAUAUAUGGACAAUUAUAGGUUGAUCAUGGUUUCAUAAGGAAGAUGCUAAAAAGAAGUGGAUGGUAUGAAGUGUAUAUUUGGGUGGAAAGAGAUUGUUUAGUUUUUGUCCUAUUUUGUUUGAUAGGAUAAUGACAUAUAUAAUUUUGUGGUAUAAUAGUCCCUCUUUGCAUAGUUAUCCAAAGCACGGUUUCUAGGCUCUGUUGCUGUGUUCAGGGGGUAGCACUGUUGUAUCGGUCACCCUUGGGCAGGCACUUCCCCAAGAGUCUGGGUGGACACAAGGGAAGGUCACCCACCUGUGACUGUGGCUAGACAGAAUUGCAGCAGGAAGGGACUUGUAUCAUUUCCCUAGUCAUGUGUCCUUUUCAAAAUUCCACAGGAAGGUUGUAAUUAAUAUUUCAUGCCUUUUGUCAUGCCAGCCAUUCUCAGCUGCUGAUUACUUAUAUGGAAACUCCCAUGACUAAUGUCUCCUGGCUCUCCUAAAACUGCUUUAUAAGAAAACAGGCAACUAACUUCCUGUGUGCCUGUUGGGGGUAUUUUUUUAAGCAUUUAUUAUUGCUGAACACAGUUUUUGAUGCUUCUGAUAACUGCUGAGCAAAACAUUUUUCCACCACUGUGACACAAUGUCUGAAAUUCUUUCUUCAAGUAGCCUUUCUUUUUCAUAUUAGAGGACUCUGUGGUCUCCAAGAGUAAGUAUCUUCUAGGAAGGAAGCCAGAGAUCUGAAUAAAUUGACAUUUUUUUACCCAGGCAAGCCAAGGUAGUGGACCCUGGAGGAAGCCCUCAGUAGCUUCUAAUCUUCUAGGCUGAUACCUGUCUUAGACUGCAAGAGUAAAUGUUAAUAAGUGCACUCUAUACCCUUUCAUUGGAGAAGGCAAUGGCAACCCACUCCAGUACUCUCGCCUGGAAAAUCCCACGGACAGUGGAGCCUGGUAGGCUGCAGUCCACGGGGUCUCUAAGAGUCGGACUCGGCUGAGCGACUUCACUUUCACUUUCAUGCAUUGGAGAAGGAAAUGGCACCCCACUCCAGUGUUCUUGCCUGGAGAAUCCCAGGGACGAGGGAGCCUGGUGGGCUGUUGUCUACGGGGUCGCACAGAGUCGGACACGACUGAAAUGACUUAGCAGCAGCAUACCCUUUCAUAUACCCAUUCUGCAAUGUAAUUUGAACUGACCACUCACCUUCCUGCAGAAGUUUUUUAAGACUACCAGCUACCUGUUUCAGUCAGCAUUUAAUUUUGCAGUUCUUACCAUUCUUUCAAGCCCUUUCAUGAUACACUCUGAAAUUCAGGGUCUGUUUGAAUGUGUUUUUUUUCCCCCAACUUCCUGUUCUAAUGGAAGCCUGGUUGUUCCCUAACAGCAGUGCUUCCUCUGCAGUUCCUCUGCUAGUUUUUGUCUACCCCAACCCAUUUACCUCUCUGUACGCCAUUUCUUCUCUAUUCUGUCAAAACCCCAGCUCUCUUGAAAUGUGCAUCACUAAACUACUGUGUAUUGUCCAUCCCUGUUUCUGUCAUCUGCUGGUUUCCUGUGCACCCACAUUUAUUCACUUGUUUUUAGUACCAUGAAUAUUCCCAAGGAAUAUGAAAAGUCAGUGUUUUUUGACCACAGAUACCCUGUAUGUAGAAUUGCUUUGGUGUGGACUAGAAAUAUAUACAUCUCUUUUAAGUUGUGAGAAAAAGGGUGAAAUUAAAAUGUUAUGUAGCCUUGAUUAAAGGGAAAUCUGAAAGAUAAAGAAUAUUGCAUAGAGAGGUGAAUGUCUCCCUAGACUUAGAGAUAUUUUUCAUUGAUGGUGUGUACUAUAUUAGAUCUUAUCAGGAACUCAGAAGAAAAUUUAAACCAAAAAGAGCUUUAAAUAGUAACUGAGCAUUUUCAUUGACCAUGAAUCCCAUAAGACUAUAUUUCAUUUCCAGCUCUAUAUCCUAAGUGACAGAAUUGCUUUCUAAAUUUUUUUCCAUUCAAUAUAAAUAAAAUAGUAUAUUCAUAUUGUUAGGUUGUUUUUAGAAACUAGACUGUCUGACUUCACCUCUGAUGUUAUAAAACUGGAGUCAUAAAACUUUUGCAAAAAAUGAUUAUAAUUCCUCCAAUAAAUAUCUGUUGUUAUUUCCUUGUUAUAAAUAUCACUAAAAUUUUUUUUUUUCUUUUGCUUCCUUCCUUUAUUCAGAUUGGGAAGAAAACAGUUUAAUUUGCUUUUCUUUAAGCAGAUGCUUUUGGAAUGAAAAUGUGAUUCUGGCUUGUUUCAGAUUCAAACACAAGAUGAAGCUUGUUAUUUUCAUACUCUUAAUAGAGUUGUUCUUCAGUAACUGCAGGGGAUUGGGUCCAGGACCCCCACCACCAUACCAAAGUCAAAGGAUGCUCAAGUCCCUUAUAUAAAAUGGCAAACUAUUACAUAUAACCUAUGCACAUCCUCCAGUAUACUUUAAAUCAU